GGGGGCGAGAGGAUAUCGUCGUAGCAGCUGCUCUGCUGCCUGGCGCGACGGCACAUAUAUAUAUAUAUAUACUAUACACCUAUAGGUACACGUACCCCCCCGCUCGAGACCCAUCAUCCAGCAUAAUAUAGGCUAGGUCGCGUACGAGUGUGUACGACGACGACGUCGACUCAACCCACAUCGCCAUGGCUCCUUCGCUGAUCGCGAGUCCGAAUUUCCGAGGAAACUUCAACCGGCUGUUCACAGACUCGCAGUUUCUCCAGUGUCUCAUCCUCCUCUUCAGUUUGUUCAACCUUUCGCUCUGCCUCUACGAGGAUCAGGUCGGCAAGUUCGACUGGAGACAAAACUAUGUGGGCAAAAUCAAAUUUGCUAGUUUUGACUCAGUCUCUACGGCAAAAAAGAUCAUUGUAGCCACUGAAGAAAAUGUCAUUGCUGCUCUGAACAUUAAAACAGGUCAAAUAUUAUGGAGGAGAGUUUUGGAAAAAGGAUAUGCUGGUCGUAUACGAGCAAUGGAAACUACUAUGGAUGGGGAACUCAUUUCAGUCAAUGGAGGAGUUCCUGCUAUAGUGCGUUACUGGAAUUCAGCUACUGGGCACAUCAUCAACGAGUGGACACUGGCUGAGCAAAAUCCAGAUAGAAUAGAGGAUGUUAAGUGGCACAUUAAAGAUGGAACAUUACAUCACAUAUUACCAAUUUACAACAGUGGAAUUGAAGUUACUUCAUAUGAUAGCAAAACUGGUGAAAAAUUGAAAACUACAAAGAUUUCAGCGCCCUUUAUAUCUCAAGACACAGAAUGUGUCCUAGCAGCUCCACACUAUGUUUGCUUGAAGAGUGAUAGCGUGAUAUUAUUCUCAAUUAAUAUAUUUAAACCAAAACAACAGCCAGAGACAUUAACAAUUAAUCAUAUAAUGGGUUCUGGUUCCCAAGGACCUUAUCGUAUUUCUCUUGUUCCUGGCAAUGUAGCUGCCAUAUCAAUCAGUGCUGAUAAUAAUCGUAGAAAGCGUUUAAUGUAUGUUCACGAGAAUGAAAAUCUUACUCUUCAUACGCGAGAUAUCGAAGGAGACAACUUUUUAUAUGUUAAUAAGUUUGGUGACAAUAUUGUAGUAUUAGAAUCAUCGUAUGAUAACAAAGUAACAACAAUUACUGCUACUGAACUCAAUAAACCUGAUGCUCAACCUGAGAAGAUAGGAUCUUUGAACCACAAAGCACUUUAUAAUCCUGCAUUAGUUGCUAUAGAUUGUACUUAUCAAUCAAUGAAAGCUAAAAUGUGCAAAUAUCUAAUGACGUCGGAGGAUCACAGCAUCAGCCUACUACAGCAAAAAGUAUUCUGGACGAGAGAAGAAGCUUUGGCAAACAUCGUCGCCGUUGAGUUUAUAGAACUGCCCAUGUCGGAGCGGGAUCGAGCUAUUGAAACAGAAUUCGAUCAAAAAGAGAGUCUUGAUGUAGACAGUUCAUGGGACGUUAUCGGUAUGUUGGUGCGUCGUCUGACUUCCCAGGCCAACCAGGCAAGCACUUUCAUCCAAUCUCUACUGGGGCUGGAGCCGCAGCAGUCCAGCGAACGAGCCGAUUUAGUGCGCGACAAGUUCGGCUUGCACAAAAUGAUCGUGGCUGUUACUUCGGCUGGAAAAAUAUUUGGUAUCGAGUCAAAGAAAGGCGAGAUAAUCUGGCAGCUGCGAGUACCCAACAUUCGGGGCUUCUCUCAGGAAAGCAAUAACAUGGUCCUCUACGUGCAACGCGGUAGUCGGCACUACCCACAUCCACCUCAGUGCUCACUUCUCGCCGCUGAUAAGGAUACAGGCAACGGCAUCAUUUUCACCUUUAAUCCAAUAAACGGUGAAUUGCUUGGUGGUCUGAAGAAGCUUAACUACAAGGUAAAACAAUCCUUGUUACUUCACGCGACGACCGACAACUUCUUGCGCAGCAUCGUUUUGCUCGACGACAAGGAGCGUGUACACGUGUUCCCAGAGAACGCUAGCGCUAUCGCCACUUCUGCCGGACCCAACACCUUCAUCUUCACUGUCGAUAAGACGACCGGAGUGUUGUCUGGCUAUUCCCUUUCGUAUAGCACACCGCAGAAUCUUGUCGCUCAUAAGGUGUGGGAACUAGUGUUCUCUCCGAAGAACCAACGCAUAACACAUGUAGUCUCGAAGGAUCCCAUCGAGCGCGUGCAUUCGCAGGGUCGAGUGCUGGGUGAUAGGUCGGUGCUCUACAAGUACAUCAACCCGAACCUGGUAGCUGUUGUCACGCAAGGCACCAGCGGUGCUCACAAAAAUACCCUUAAUUUAUAUUUGCUGGACGUUGUGUCGGGUUCGAUGGUGUUCUCGAUUGUCCACAAACGCACCAAAGGUCCCGUGCAUGUUGUUCAUUCCGAAAACUGGCUAGUGUAUAGUUACUUUAACGAAAAGAGUCGCAGGACUGAGAUAGCCACUCUUGAACUUUACGAGGGAAAAACUCAGAGCAAUACCACAGUUUUUUCGUCGUUGGCAACAACUAAGUUACCAAUUGUUGAGAGGCAGGCCUUCAUUUUCCCUGCUUCAGUAGAAUCUAUGCAAGAGACAAUCACCGAGAAAGGCAUUACUAGCAAACAUAUUUUAGUCGCAUUAGCUAAUGGAGGAGUUUUGGAGUUGCCUUGGAUGCUGGUCGAUCCAAGAAGACCCGUCAAUCCAGAGAUGAGAGAGGAGGGAGUCAUUCCUUAUAUGCCAGAAAUACCCAUUCAUAUGGAUGGUAUAAUAAACUACAACCAGAGUGUUUAUAGGGUUUCUGGAAUACACACAAGUCCUAGUGGCCUUGAGAGCACAUGUCUAGUUUUUGUUCAUGGUCUUGAUCUAUUUUACACAAGGGUAGCGCCAUCAAAAACGUUUGAUGUACUGAAAGAAGAUUUUGAUUAUUAUUUAAUUGUCAUAGUACUUUCGGCUUUGUUAAUCUCUUCGUAUGUAACGAAGAAAUUAGCUUCACAAAAGGUACAAAAGCAAGCAUGGAAAUGAUGUCCUGGAUAAUUUAAUAUUUUCGAUCGUCUGACAUCUUCAAUCUGCUUUCAUUCGCAUUAAUAUGUGGAUGUCAGAUAUGAAUAAGAUGCGUUCCAACAAAAUAAUUUAAGAUAUGGCCAUUAACGAUACGAAUUACACAUUCACACGUACACAGUUACGCUUACAAACACCUAAACCUGCGCUCAAUUCAAUGAUCCUUGUAGGUAUAUGAUAGUUGUGAUACUAAUGAUUCAGGGAUCUAAUGUGAAUUAAAAGAGGAUAAACAUAAAAAUUCAUUUGAUAAAUAUAUUGAAAUAUUUGUCUAUUUGAAUUUUUAGGAUUUGAAAACCAAUAGUUGAAUGAUUUUUAGAAACAUGUUUGAAAAAAAUACAUAUACGCAUGUUUAUAGAUUUAUUUAAAUGUGAAAUUUGGACUUGGCUAAAUUAUUGAUUGGUGUCUCAUUUGUAAACGACAGUUUUUGAGUGAUAACUGUAACGAGUUAAAAAGACUGUUGAAAAGCAAAUACGUAUUGAGCGUUUAAUGGUUAAUCAAUAUUGUUUACAACUAGUAAAUAGUUAUCUUAUUUCACAAGUGCAUUUAAAGAUUCCUCAAUAUCUGCAUUCAAGUAUUAAGGCUUUUUAUAACAUCAGAAAGAAGCUUUCAGUUUCAACUGCCAAGAACUUGCAACAUCUAACGUGUACUAUUUAAAAAGGGGGAACAUUUUUCAAAGAAUUAAUGUUAGCGUCAUUGCAAACAAUUAUUUAAAAGUAUUCCAUACCUUGAACAUUAAGAUGCAAGUUGGAAUAUAUUCAUGUGUAAUAAAGUAACUAUGGUUGAAGACCGAACUUCAUUAGAAGAUAUAUUAAAUGUACAGACAAACUUUUAAUAUUGUAAGAUCUUUUGUAUCGUUGGACUAGUCUAUAUUAUUAUGUUAAUAAUUUUUAAGAAUUAUAAAACCAAAUGUGCAUAAAUGUGUAAAAGACAUUGAAAAAUUAUAAGAGGUAUCGAUACAUUUUUUCUGGGAUAAAGUUUGAUUUAAAGCAAUAUACAUUAUAAUGUUAACUGGCCAAAAUGAACCAAAGGAGAAUUCAUAGAUACAAACAUUUAUAUGUAUUAUGUAUGUACAAUCGUACAUGACUUAGAAAAAGCACAAUAAACGUGGUUUUGUACAUGAAUUAGUACAUCACUCGGCAUUUUCAAUUGUAA